AGGACGUGCGGCUCGGGCGCUACCGCGCCUGCCAGCGCGGGUGCGGCGCCGUGAUCGACAGCGGCACGUCCCUGCUGGCGGCGCCCGCGGAGGAGCAGGCACGCCUCAGCGAGCUCAUCAACUCCAUGGUGGGGGACUGCGGCUCCCUGGACAAGCUGCCGGACCUGACGUUCACGCUGGACGGGAGGAAGUACUCAUUGCCGCCAGAUAGUUACGUCGGCGAGGUCUUCAACGAGGCGCCGGAGGAGUUGGCCAAGAACUUCAAGCUCGCGCGCUCGUCCCUCAUCGGAGGCGCGAGGGGCGAGACGAAGAAGAAGUGCGAGGCGUCCCUCAUGGAGAUCGGCAUGUCCUCCGACUUCGGCCCAGUAUGGAUUCUGGGCGUGCCUUUCUUCAGGAAGUACUACACCAUCUUCGAGCAGGCCACCGAGACCAGCCCGCCAGCAAUCUACACCGCCCUCGCGAGCGACGGGUGCACGCCGCACGACCCGCGCGAGAGCGAGAUGCUCGGGGGGCACCGGCAAGGCACCACCGUCCGGAGGAUCGACGCCUCGCGGCUCCGGAUGGGCCACUGGAUCCACCGGGCCAGCGCCUCGAACACCAGCUACAUGGAGGCUCAUCACCACACCGUCGGGCGCACGCACGGCAGCAACCGCACCCGGGCCAAGACGGCUUGAGGAAUGAGCAGCCGGGCCCGGACCAGCCGAGUUUUCCCACGUCGAGGUCUCCUGCGUGCGCGGAGCCGGAUCACAGCUUUUUCCGAGACGACCAGCCGCAAUGUGCGAUUACACGUUGCUGUGUGUAAACUGGCCUUGCAAUCAGCUGCUGUAACAUUUGUAUUUCUACAGACGUGCCACCCAGUUGCGCUGGGAAGCGACAGAGAAGUAUAGGGGACGCGGGCGGGCCCGAUUCAGAAGAUGGACGUCGACGUCGAGACUUGCUGGAACGAUAGUGACAAGAACCAAUUGUGCCGUGUUUGUCGUCCAGGUAUUGUUGACCGCAUGUUUAUCAUAAGUUUGUAUUUCCCCAGCCGAAGUCCGAGCCUCGGAGAGUCGCUUGGUCGCCUAGCCUCCCCCAGCAAUGCGACUUUGAUGAGACG